CUUUAGCAUAAUGUAAGAUGACUAGAGGAAGCCUCUAGCAUAACGUAAGAUGACUAGAGGAAGCCUCUAUCAUAACGGAGAGUGACUAAAGGGAGCCUCUAGCACGAUGAGAAAUGACUAGAGGAAGCCUCUAGCAUAAUGUAGAGUGACUAGAGGAAGCCUCUAGCACGAAAUGGAGUGACUAGAGUCAGCCUCUAGCACGACGGAAUGAUAUCGGUGAGUGUGACUCUACCAUGGUAAAGAGUCGUGAUAAGGUAAGCAUGGGCCCACGGGCCGACUACGUAACCUUAUAUAUAAGGUAAGUAGGUUUUAAAUAGGGUAACUGAGGUUUAGAGCCUAUAAUAUAGUAUCACCCUAGAUUGAGGGUCUUAGAAAUUGAAACAUUGAUUAUAUACAGUGUUAUUGUCAUUGUACUUUUCAAAUGCUUCAAAGUACUGAGAUCCCCUUCACAGAGGAGGCCACCUCACAGUUUCAGGUAGAACUUGAAGGUUUCUACCACCGCCUGUUGCUUCGGGGAGAUCAAAGGAAGAAGACUUGGUUCGUGCUUCUUCCGGUUCUGUUUUGAAAACAAUGUGAAUAAUGCUCAUGGAUAUUAUUUUUUGAAUAAUUAUUUGAGGGCUUGUAUGACUAAGUUUUCCAAGUGUGGCUUGAACACUUGUAUUAAUGUUUCCGCUGUUUUAAUGAAUGUUUUACAUUAUGUUUGUUUAUGGAUGUACUACUAUGUGUGAAUGAUAUUCGAGACGCCUUGUAUAGUAUGGAAGUGUUGAACUGCGGUUGACUAUUCGUACUGUACGGCAGAUUGUUGACGUGUCCGGGUGGGUCCGGGGCGUGACAAUUUGAUUGGUAUCAGAGCCUUAGUCCGUAAACAUCAUAAUGAAGCUUCAAAAUUCUUUUUGAAAAUGAAUUUGAAACCCAUGAACAUAAGAAGUUUUGUACUUAUACAACUUUUGGUACUUGAGUUGCAAUGCUUCUAAUUGUUAAGAUGGUACCCUUAACAAUUGGUAUGACGAUGAUUUGUGCCAAAGGAUGUCUUUAAGUACAUAUUCGUCAAUUGACACUUGAUACGAGUCUAAUGACUCGCUCUCAAUUUCUUUCAGAAAUGGAGCAUACCGGGAAAGUAACUAGGAGGAACCCGACUGGCCGGGCACCGGGAGGGUCCGAGCGCGGCAGUAAAGUGAUUUCUAGAGUGUCUAGGGGACAAGGCCGUGGAGGCCAAGCUCAGACCAUGAGCGACGGUCAUGUGGAGACCACAGACGAGUUCUAUGUAUCCGAGGAGGAUUCAACUUAUCAAUCGGGAACUGAGCCGGUUGAGACCCCAUAUGAUGGGGAAUAUGAUGACGAUAGUCAAGGGAGCGAUGAUAAUGACUCUCUCAAGAGGAUUGAGGAAUUGUUUCGGCAAUACCAACAAGAUCGCCAAAUGCGCCGGGCAAGGCGUGCUUUGGGAGGGGCUUCCAGAAGAGGAAGCCAUGUUAGCUCUAGGGGACAUGAGGAACUCCGAGAGGGAAGAGGUGUCGAGGUCCCAAUAAUAAGGAUCUCGAAAUACCUAAAAGAAGCAAGGGAUUUGGGGUGCAAACCGUUCGAUGGAACGGGAGACAUCUCCAUUGUGGCUGAAUGGAUCAAAAGAUUCAACGAGGAGACCCUUGACAUGCAGCUGCCGCCAAACAUGAAAAUGAGAGUAGCAACGAGAUUGCUAGAAGGCAUGGCGUCCACGUGGUGGGACGGAAUUAAAGGAAAGUACGAUGAGGCCAUCACUUGGGAGAACUUCCGACAAGAGUUCUUUAACCAAUACUGUAAGGAAUAAUUGUAAUUAGAUUUUGAUGAUGCUAGAUUAAUUAGGAUCUUAGAGUACCCCUUUAGAAAUUAUGUAUUAGAAUUUUCCUUUGUAAAGUUCUUAGAUGUAUUCGACUUGACAGAAGACCUUCAAGAGCAGAAGACCUUCAAGAGCAGAAGGACUUCAAGAGCAGAAGUGCCUCUUAAGACAUUAUUGGAACAGAGGACCCUUGGUUCUCUGCUCCAGAACAGAAGUCCUCAGGAUCUCUGUUAGUCUUGACUCUGACAGAAACCCUUCUGGGUAUCUGUUGGAGACUCCCAACAGAAGUGCUCCAGGCCUCCUCUGUUCUACUCUCAGACAAAGACACCAGAAGGUCUGACACUUAGAAGAUUUUCAAAGAACCGGGAAGUCAACUAAAAGAUUCCUUCAACGGCUAGGAGUAUGAAACGGAAAAGCUACAGUGCAUGCAUUAAAUGCUCAUUUAAUGCACCCCAUGCUACGUAGAGUAAUUGCAGAUGAUUGGCCGCAAUGUCAGGAAUACUUUAUCCCAAAAUAGUAACCCGCCAACUUUAUCGGGCUCUACUAGUCAAGUCAAUUGAUCGCGCAUUAAAUGCAGUUGUCCUCCUACUCCUCCAACGGGAAGACAACCUCAGUAUAAAAAGAUACACUACGAAGAACAACCGGAUAACUUUUGCUAUAACUUUGCCAAGAUUACAUUGCAACUUUUGCUAACCACAAGCAAGAUAUUCAAACUCUGAAAAGCAAAAAGCCUCCUUGAGAUUCAAACUCAUUAUCCUCUACAAGAGAAGGCAGAAGUUGGAAAAAUACUCUUUCCAACACAAGCAAAGUUCCAAGUGUUCUUCAACUCUUCAAGCUCAUCACAUACAAAUCUUUUGUAACGAAGCUAGUUGGAGGAACCCCAGUUUCAACAGAAACUCUUCUUACUACAAGAAGGACGUCCAAAUAACUGGAGUAGUGAAGUGGUGAUACUUCAAGGAAACUCAGUGAAAGGACCAGUGUUAAAGGAAGCCAUGCAGUGCAUCCCAGGACACAUCUAGGCUUGAAGAAGACGUGGAGUGCUUCUUAAGUACUAGGACUAAGGCUUUGUAAACGGCAGUUUUUACAGCUUAGUGGAACAGUGGAUUAGAGGAACGAGUUGUUCCUUGAACCACUAUAAAAAUCCCUGGUGUCGUUUACUUACUGCUUUUAAUACUUGCACUUAGUUAGAACUGUAUAACUCCUUGGACUUGGUAUCUGUGUUCAGCAGAACUUGUUCUACGAGUUAACAGAAGGCCUACUGCCUAUUGCUUCUCUGAGGCUAACAUAACUCCCUACCAGAACCCCAUCCGCUGCCAGUCUGUUCUUUCAACAGAACAGGCUAUUCUGUAAAUCUGGUACUUAGUCUAAAAAGCUAAAAACCAACACAGUCUAUUCACCCCCCCUCUAGACUGUGUCCAGUAUAACCGGGACCAACAAGUGGUAUCAGAGCCUCCUUGUUCUAAUAAUCUCUUAGGUUAUUUGUUGAACAAAGAUCCACUUGUUUUUCUGUUUAACCUCAUUUCUAUCUGAUAUAAUGGAUCACUCCUUGUCCAAGAAUCUUAUGUUUUCAGAUCUUAAGUUUGAUGACUGGAGGAUCCGGAUGAAAGCACAUCUCUGUGCCCUGAAUGAUGAAAUGUGGGAAGUUCUUGACAUUGGCCCCUUCACUAGCUUCCAGAAGGUCAAUCCUGAACAUGCCAUAGACAACACCAGACCCCAGAUGAUUAGUAAAGCCAAGUCAGAAUGGACCACUGAAGAGAGGAGAAAGUACAACCUAGACAAUAUUGCCAAGGACAUCCUCUACAAGUCCAUUGAUGAUAGGUACUUCAACAGAAUCAAGAAGUGCAAGACUGCUAAGGAAAUCUGGGAUACUCUUGAGCUCAUUGGAGCUGGUGAUGAGCAAGAGAAGGACAACAAACUAACCAUAGCCAACAAGAAGUUUGAUGACUUCAAACUUCUCCCUGGUGAAAGCAUCUCCAAGAUGUAUGACAGGCUCCUCACUCUCACUGGAGAGAUCUCUGAGCUUGGCAAGGAUCUCACAACCAAGGAGAUCAACCUGAAGGUGUUGAGGGGACUGCCCUCAGCAUGGAAGAUGAAGGUAGUUGCUGUCCAAGCCAGCAAGGAUGUAAAGACUUAUCCCACUGAUAAGCUCAUUUCAGAUCUCAAAGCUCAUGAGUUUGAAAUGAUUGAAGAGAAGGAAGAUGUACCAGAAGAGAGGACCACUACAGCCCUCACUGCCAGCACAUCUAAGGUAAAUGACUUUGACCCUUCAGUACUUUUAUCUGAUGAAUAUAUGGCUGCCUUUGCCAGGAGAUUCAAAAAGUUUAUGAAGAAUCCCAAAGAUGGAAGGAGUCCAUCCUUCAACAGAAAGUCAUACCAGAAGGUCAAAUCAACAGAAAGCAGUGGAGAGCUUCUAUGUUACAAUUGCAGACAACCUGGCCACUUCAAGGCUGACUGUCCCCAUCCUAGAGUGUCCAAGAAGCAAGGACAGGAUGGAGAAAAGAAGAAGUACGAGGACAACUCCAGAAGAAGGAAGGCACUUGUGACAGAACAGCUGGAGAAAGACCCUCUGUCAGAAACAGAAUCCAGUUCUGACUCAGAUUCUGAUGAGGCCUUCUAUUGCCUUGAUACUGAGACAGAAGAUCUUUGCUUCAUGGCUCAUUCUGAUGAUGAGGUAACCUCUACUUCUGAAUCUAAUUUUUCUUCGGUAGGCUUAGCUUUUGAUUCCGAUUCAAUGUCAGAAUUUUGGGAAGAGUUUAAGGCCAUACAAGCCACUUAUUCCUCUGUAACAGAAGAAAACAGUAAGUUAAAAGCUGAAAUUCUUGACCUAAAGAAGGAGGUUGAGAUCAAAAUCAAUCUUCUAAUUGAGAAAAGAGAUCAACUGGAGACUGAAAAUGUUUCUCUUCUUAAGAGAAUAAGAGAAAUAGAGCCUCUCGAGAUUAAGUACAAAGCUUACCAGAAGGCCCAGUCUUCCAUGGAAAAGAUUGUACUUGAUCAACAGAUUGGCACUGGUUUUGGUCUUGGUUAUGGCUCAACAGAAUCAGGUGAGCCUUCUGUAAUGCCUAGCACCAGAGUUGCUAAGGCAGAUAAGGUCAUAGAGCCACUGAUUUCUAGCCCCAUCUGUCAAGCUGGUGUAUCUGGCACCAAGGUUGUUCAUGAGGAAGUCAGACCAGAAAAAGGCAAGAUAAAGGUUCAACAGAAACCCUUUUUGAAAAAUAAUGAACCUGGCAGAAAACCUAACAACAGAAGAGGUUUUCAAAAUAACAAAAAUAAAAGACCAUUCAUUGACAGACAACCUCAUGUCAAUCGUGCCAGAAAUGAUCACCAGAAGGGCAAAUAUCAAGAGAAAGUUAACUUCAGGCAAAAGAGGUUGGCUGGUCAACUUCAGAAGCCCAAGGUUAACCGUCCCUCUGCUCUUGAUAGUAUAUGGGACUUCUUUCCAACAAAGAAAGCUAUGCAAAAGUAUGUAAACAGGAAGCAUGACCCUCACAAGCAUCUGCCCAAAGUGAAUCACACUUCAGUUUACUAUAACUACCAGGUGGACAAUGGGUACCACCCACCAAGGUUUCACUUGAUGAGACCUAAAUGGUACCAACUACCCAGACUCCAUGACCCCCCAGGACCCAGCAUUGCUUGGGUACCUAAAUCUUUCUUUUGAUCUUGCAGGAACUGUGUGCUGGAGCCAUCUCUGAACAAGAAUGGUUUAUUGAUAGUGGAUGCUCCAGGCACAUGACAGGUGACAGAAGUUGCCUAACAGAGUUCCAGAAAUGCAAAGGACCUAGAGUUACCUUUGAAGGUAAUGACAAAGAAGGUCAAACAAAAGGAAGAGGAAAGCUGAUCAGGAACCAGAUAAUCAUUGAUGAUGUCUCAUAUGUCAAAGGACUGAAGUUCAACUUGCUAAGUGCUAGCCAAUUCUGUGACAAAGGCUACACUGUUGAAUUCACAAAGGACUUCUGCUAUGUGAAGCAUGAGACAAAAAGCUGGGACUGGCACAAAAAGCUCAACCAUUUGAAUUUCAAAACAAUCAACAAACUGGCCAGAGAACACAUUGUAGAAGGGCUACCAGACAUUGUGUACAAGAAGGAGAUCCUCUGCAGUGCAUGUCAGAGAGGCAAACAAGUGAAAAAUUCCUUCAAACCCAUUGCUGGAGAUCUUUCUACAAGUCCUCUAAAUCUGAUUGACAUGGAUUUAUUUGGACCUGUUGAGACUCCAAGCGUUGGUGGCAAGAAAUAUACCUUAGUCAUGGUUGAUGACUACUCCAGAUAUACAUGGACUGUUUUUCUAUCAAAGAAAAAUGAAACUCUUCAGAAGUUGCCAUCUCUGUUAAAGCAACUUCAGACUGAGAAGAACUUGAAAGUGAAGACAAUCAGAUCAGACAGAGGAACUAAAUUUGUCAACCAAGUCAUAAAGGACUUCUGUGAUCAGAAUGGAACUUUUCAACAGAAUGGCGUAGCAGAAAGAAGGAACAGAACUUUAAAAGAAGCUGCAAGAACAAUGAUUGCAGAAUCUGGAUUGCCUAUGAGAUAUUGGGCUGAAGCAAUCAACACUGCAUGUUAUACUCAGAACAGAAGCAUGAUCAACAAGAAUCACCAGAAGACCCCUUAUGAACUCUGGAAGGGAAGAAAACCUAACAUCAGCUACUUUCAUGUAUUUGGAUGCAAGUGCUACAUCCUCAACAAUGGAAAGGAGCAUCUGAAAGUAUUUCAAGAAAAGGCUGAUGAAGGAGUCUUUAUAGGCUAUUCAAACAUCAGUAAAGCCUAUAGAGUACUCAACAGAAGGACCCUACAUGUUGAAGAAUCCAUACAUGUGAAGUUUGAUGAAAGCACCUCUGUUAAAGAGGUAACAGAGAUUCUCAAAGAAGUCAACAUAGAAGACAGAACACCAGAACCAACAGAAGAGGUGGCAGACAAUCCUGCAUUUCCAACACCUGCCCCAAACCCCCUUCUGUUGAAUGAAGAUGAAGACUCUGAAGAUGAGGAACCAGAAAGACCAAGACAGCAGCUGACAGAACCAGACCUAACAUGGUUAAGAGAUCAUCCUCCUAACCAAGUGAUUGGUCAAAUCAGAAGUGGAGUUCAAACCAGAUCCACAUCAAGGAGAGAAGCAAUGCUUGCCUGCUAUAUAUCUCAGAUGGAACCUAUGACAAUUGAAGAAGCUCUUGCAGACUCAGAUUGGAUCAAUGCUAUGUAAGAAGAGCUCACUCAGUUUGAAAGGAACAAAGUAUGGGAACUUGUUCCUAGGCCAAAGCACCAGAAUGUCAUUGGAACCAAAUUGGUAUUCAAGAACAAAGCAGAUGAAGAUGGCAACAUUGUAAGGAACAAAGCAAGGCUAGUAGCUAAAGGAUAUUGUCAAGAAGAAGGAAUAGAUUUUGAUGAGACCUUUGCACCAGUUGCCAGACUUGAAUCCAUCAGAAUCUUUCUAGCCUAUGCUGCCUACAACAACAUCAAGGUCUACCAGAUGGAUGUCAAGAGUGCAUUUCUGAAUGGAGAUCUUGAAGAGGAAGUUUAUGUGGAACAACCACCAGGUUUUGUCAUUCCUACUCAAUCUUCUUGUGUCUACAAGGUUAAAAAGGCCCUCUAUGGUCUUAAGCAAGCUCCCAGAGCCUGGUAUGACACAUUGUCCCUUUUCCUAGUGAACCAUGAGUUUACUAAAGGAAAGCUUGACAAAACUCUAUUUCAAAUCUCUGUUGCUAAUCAUAUUCUGUUAGUACAAAUAUAUGUUGAUGACAUUAUAUUUGGUAGUACUAAUCCAGAACUGUGCAAGAAAUUUUCUCAAGUGAUGCAGAGUCAAUUUGAAAUGAGUAUGAUGGGAGAACUCAGUUACUUCCUAGGACUCCAAGUCAAACAAGUUCCAGAAGGGAUCUUUAUCAAUCAAGGGAAGUACACCAGAGAUCUAAUCAAGAAGUUUGGAGUGGAAGGCAAAUCAUCAGUGAAGAUUCUCAUGAACACGUCACAAGGAAUUGGUCCAGAUGAUGAAGGAAAGGAUGUAGAUGCAACAACAUAUAGAGGAAUCAUAGGAUCUCUGUUGUAUCUAACUGCAAGCAGACCAGACAUCUCAUUCUCUGUUGGAAUCUGUGCCAGAUACCAAUCAAAGCCCAAAGAAAGCCAUUUAAGUGCUGCAAAGAGAAUCAUCAGAUACAUCAAAGGAAAUCCAAAUGCAGGCCUAUGGUAUCCAAAGGGAGGUAACUUUGAGCUAAUUGGUUAUUCUAACUCAGAUUUUGCAGGUUGCAGACUAGACUGAAAAAACACCUCUGGUCACUGCCAAUUGCUAGGAGGAAGGCUUGUUUCCUGGUUUAGCAAGAAGCAGAACUCCAUCUCAACAAGUACAGUUGAGGCAGAGUACAUUGCAGCUGGGAGUUGUUGUGCUCAGCUACUCUGGAUGAAGCAACAACUGAAGGACUAUGGAAUUCAAGCAAAGGAGAUCAAACUGUUGUGUGACAACACCAGUGCCAUUGCUAUCACUCAGAAUCCAGUUCUUCAUUCCAGAACAAAGCACAUUGAGAUCAGACAUCACUUCAUCAGAGAUCAUGUGGAGAAGAAGCACAUCUGCAUGGAACAUGUGCCAACAGAAGACCAGCUUGCAGAUAUCCUGACAAAGCCUCUCCCUGAGGCUAGGUUCAACAAACUGAGAGAGGAAUUGGGAAUGAUGGAUGAGAUUCCAAGGGAAAGAUGAAAAGGAAGGCCCUCUGUUGCUCUUUUGCUGUUGACAGAAUUCUUGUAGCAGAACCCCUUCUGUUAACCCCCCUCUGUCAACCUCUUCUGGUCGCUACCCUGGCAGAACACCUCAGCAACAGAACCCCCCCUUCUUACUGAAAGACCCUCUCUUAUCUAACAGAAGGUGGUGGACUUUGAAAAUCUUGUAAACCGGGUGACCUAGUAAAUUAUUAAAGGUCUUUUACCCUUUUACCCUUAAAACGGUAUCAAGCCGUAUAAAAUUUACUGCGCCCCCGUUUAUUUACUGCGCCCCUUUUUACAUUUAUUGGUAUCUUGGAACCGUAAAUUAUCUCAAACGUCCACUAACCCAUAUCCUUAAAACCCCCUUUCGCAAACCUAAACCGUUACUGCUCUCAUAACUCUCAAGCUUUUGAACUCUUAUCUCUCAGAAAUUUUCUAACCGCAGUAAACUCCAUGGCCUUCUUGAGCUUCUCCGAUCUCUCCAAGGAACAAAAGGCAACCCUCCUAAAGAAUGUUUUGACUGGACUGAGAUGCGAACUGGAAGUACUACCCAGGUUUGCAGAGAAAAAGGAGCGGAUGACCGCCAUUGUUGAUGGUCUAUCUAAAUGCCAACUGAGCAAAAUCAUCUCCCAUGGUUAUGAAGCCUACAACAACGUGGACACUGUUGAGUUCUAUCUCAACUCAUCCUUCAAGGAUGAAGUCAUCUCCUCCGUCGUCCAAGGAGAAAAGGUGUUGAUUGAUGCUGACGUCAUCAACAACAUCUUCAACAUUCAGCAAAAGGAAGGUAGGGACUCUCUACUUGACUUGGAGGAUACUGACAUCUCUCUGACAGAAUUCAAGAAGAAGUUCUGCAGAAAAGGGGAAGAAGUAGAGAAGAUCAACAUCAAGAAGAACUUGCUCAAAAGGGAAUUUGAGCUGCUCAUAAACAUUUUCCACAAAUGUUUAUGGUGCAAGUACUCCUCCACAGAUGAUGUCACAACUGCCAAUGCCAAGGCCCUGUAUGCAGUGCAUCAUGGAGUGAACAUCAAUUGGGGACAAGUCAUGGUGAAGUCCCUGAUUGAAGUCAUCAAGAAGAAGAACCCAAAAACUAGCCUCUACUCUGGGAAGCUAGGACAUGGGCUAUUGGUUUCAGAAGUGCUUCUCAGACAAGGAAUACACUUGAGGAAUGCUUCAACCUUGGAUCACACCAAGGUAAUCUUCUUAACUGCUUCUCCAAAUAGGGAGAAAGCCAUAAAGGCUGAAAUGAAGAGACAGCUUCAACUUGAGGCUAAGAGACAACAGGGAGAGAAGGUACAGAAACCUCUCUCUGUAGCCCCUUCUGCUGAGAAGAAGAAAAAGAAGAAGAAGAAGACUGAAGGGGAAGCACCUGUUGCCCCUCCUAAGGCCGGACAGAAGAGGAAGAGAACCACCAAACCAAAGAAGAAGGUUUCUAAACCUGUGGUUUCUGAAUCUGAAGGAGUGGCAGACACUCAGGGGGAACCAGAGAUCCCCACCUCUGCUGCAUCUCCUGAACAGAACAGGGUGUCUACUUCAACAGAACACCCUAGUCCUGUCAAAGAUGGGUAUCUGUCCUUGUUAGACAGACAGUUUACCCGGGUUCUCGAAUGGAGAAGGUGGAGAAUGGGACCCCUCUCCAAAAUCAUCCAAUAUUUUGACCAUUAUGAGCCAGAAGAGGAAGCCAUUCUGAGCUGGGUUGGGACUGAUGAUGUCUCAAAAUGCUUUGCCCUCAACUUCCUUCACUCUGUUCUUGAGAAGAAGAAGGUGAGCUACAAAGGGAAGGCCAUUCUCAUCUCCUCCCCUUCAGAAGAGGCUGUCAAACCUCUUGCAGAGGAAGAAAUUGAAGCAUUUGAGGAAUGGCUGUUCACAAAGAUGGCAACAGACUCUAUGCAACCCCAUCUCAACCCAGGAGAGCCCUCUGUACCCAAGACAGAAGGGCAAGCAAUGAUGGAGCAUAUCAAGGAGUGGAGGACUUCUUUGCUCAAGGAGAACAUCAUUGAGGUAAUAUCUCCAACCCCCUCUGUUAAUAUCCCAACAGAACCCCUCAUUCCCUCACCUCCUUCCAGCACCAGAACCCCUCCACCAGAACACCCUGAACCUUUAUCUCCUAAACAGAGAACCCUCACCCCUUCUCAUUCACCCAAACAGAAAAUUACAUCUCCCUGCAGAGCAAUUGUUCCCUUCAGAAAUCGUUCACCCUCACCUCCACCAUCCCCCCUCA